CUCGAUCUUUGUACCACCUCCAAAGGCCUCAACUAGUAGAAAACAUUCAAAUCUAGCGAGAAGUGAGAGGGUCUGAGGAGAGGAAGUGAGAAUGACAGGAGUGAUGAUGUUAACCAAAGGAGGAGGGUGUAGAGGAGGAGAUGAGAGGAGUCGUGGUGGUGAGAAAUCAGAAAGAAGUAAAAGAUCUAGAGAAGAACAAAAUCAGUUAUCUCUUGUUGAAUUUUUAAUAGCGGCAAUAAGAAGAUCUAUGGUUUCAUGCAGAGUCGAACAAACAGAUAAUGAAGUUGUUGGUUCUACUAGUGUUCAGUGUAUGGAGAUUGGUUGGCCUACUAAUGUACAACAUAUAACUCAUGUUACUUUUGAUAGGUUUAAUGGCUUUCUUGGUCUUCCUGUUGAGUUUGAAGUUGAAGUUCCUUGCAGAGCUCCCAGUGCCAGUAUUAGCGUGUUCGGGGUCUCCGCGGAAUCAAUGCAGUGCACUUUAGAUUCCAAAGGGAAUAGUGUACCAACUAUACUUAUGCUGAUGCAGGAGAGGUUAUACUCUCAAGGAGGAUUAAAGGCUGAAGGCAUAUUCCGGAUUAAUCCAGAGAACAGCCAGGAGGAGCAUGUUAGAGACCAACUGAACCGCGGAAUUGUACCUGACAACAUUGAUGUACAUUGUUUGGCCGGUUUAAUAAAGGCUUGGUUUCGAGAACUCCCAGAAGGAAUAUUGGACGGACUAUCUCCGGAACAAGUUCUUCAAUGCACCACUGAGGAAGAAUUUGUCGAACUGGUGACACAGCUCCUUCCAAUUCAAGCUGCAUUGCUCAAUUGGGCUGUUGAUCUUAUAGCUGAUGUCGUUGAAGAUGAGGAGUCAAACAAAAUGAAUGCUAGAAAUAUCGCAAUGGUCUUUGCCCCGAACAUGACUCAGAUGUCCGACCCAUUAACAGCUCUUAUGCAUGCUGUUCAAGUGAUGAAUUUGCUUAAAGCACUGAUCCUAAAAACACUACGAGAACGUGAAGAAAUAGCAAGUGGAGGAGGGGAUUCGCCAUUUUCUUCUCAUUCAUCAGAUAGGCAAACUGACGAGGAAGAUUUUGAUAGCCAGCAAGAUGACAUGGAUACAAGUGGUGAACUGAAAGGACCUACUUUAGGCUAUUAUAAUAAUGAUGCUUACAGUCAGAGUAGCGAAGAUGAAGAGGAGGCAGAAGUUCAUCAACUAAACGCGAUUGAAGAGUGCUUCUUAAGGCAACUAAAUCGGAACGAAGAACUCAUGAAACACUCUACUCAAGAUACUACAGAGGCCACAAGUGGCUCAGCUGAGGAUUCAGUCGGAGUCACAAUGGAUUCUACUGAGAAUUCAGCUGAAGUCACAAUAGACUGUACUGAGAAUUCAGCUGAAGUUACAAGGGGUUCUAUAUAUACUGAGGAUUCAGCUGGUGUCACAGGGGCAUCUAUAUACAUUGAACAAAUUAACAGUCCUAGUAGUGUUUGUGGUUUCCAUGCCGAUGAAUCUAGUUUGUCAUAUUCCGAUAGCAGAAUUGAGAGUUCACGGUUAAGUAUGAGCUAUGACAUCGACGGUGCCGACUCAACAUCGAGCGUGAUGUUUACAAGAGACGUGCACAACACAAGUAGCCAUUUUGAGGAAUGUGAAGGUUUCAAGGUGGUAAUGAUUGAAGAACCGGGAGAAGUUCUUACAUGAUCCUUUUCUUCUUUUUUUUUGGUGUGUGAUUGCGAGUUAAGUAAAUUUGACCACUAACUGGUUUCUUCCUUCUACGGCCAAGGUCACGGCUGUCUGUAAAUUAGUUCUCAUAAUUGUGUCAGUCUUUGAUCCAAUGGGUUAGGAGUGUUGUGUAUUGUGGGCAUCAUGUGUUGACUCUGGUUCAGCUCUAGGCUGAACAUUUUCUGCGUUCUAUGUAAUGUUUUAAAAUCAGAAGAUUUCUGAUUUUAAUUCUACUUUUUCUGUGUGCGCAAUCUGUAUUUUGAAAUGAAGAAUCGGUAAACUUGCCUUUGAUUCA